AUGUUUGUGCUCACAAAAAUCUCAGAUCUUAUUAGACUGGAUCCUUUAAAUUUUAACACCCCACUUGCUGAGGGUCUCGAGGACGAAAUCAAUAAAAAAUUUGCAAACAGAGUUAUCCAUAACGUCGGACUAUGUAUUUGUCUCUAUGAUAUCGAAGACUUUAACGAUGGCAUGACAAAAAAUGGUGAUGGCGGUGUCUUCAUAAAGUGCACUUUCAGAAUAAUAGUCUUUAGACCAUUUGUAGGCGAAAUCCUUGUUGGAUGGGUCUCUUCUUGUACAGAAGAAGGUAUCAAUAUCAAAAUGGAGUUCUUUGACGAUAUACACAUUCCAAAAGACCUACUAUUCGAAACGUGCCAAUUCGUCCCAAGAGAACAAGCCUGGGUUUGGAAAAACGGAGAGUACGAUUACUACAUUGAUACAAAUGAAAAAAUCAGAUUCAGAGUCGAACAAGAAAUCUUUACCCAACAACAACCCCGUAAACCUUCUUCUCUUCAAAUGUCUGAAGACCCUGCUAACCAGGAAGUUAUCCAUCCUCCAUACUCAAUAAUCGGGUCAUGUCAAGCUGAUGGUAUGGGUUUAGUUUCUUGGUGGGAUUAA